AUAUGUCGGACAAACAUUUGAUUUGUUAGUUUGUUUGUUUGUUUGUGGCACCGCGUUGUUCGGUUCCCGCUCCUUACGUCAACUAACUAUCUCUAAAAUCAAAAUUAAAGGGGAAGAAACUUAUCCUUUUUAUUCAAUUUUUUUUCUAAACCUUACGUAUUUCAAUUACAAUUACGUCCACGAUCACCGUCACCAUUUUCUCCAUUAAUUCUCCUUUUCAAAUAUUGCAUAUUGCUUGUGGCUAAUCAAACACUUUCCAUGACCUUUGCUUUUGAUUUUGAUCACAACGCCAACGCCAACGCCCUUCUCUGCUUUUGAAAAUCAGAUAUGAAGUCACCUUCUCGAGCUUUUUCUGUUGCUGAUACAAAGAGUAGAAAAUCAUGUCUUUAUGCCAUCUUCCCAGCAGCUUCUUUAAUUUGUGUUGUUUUAUUUUUCAUGACCUCGGCCUUCACACAAGAGCCGAAACUAUCAAGCUGGAAAAUGGACACAGCAGUGGACGCAGAUCAGAAUGUAAUAGUGGACCCAGUAAUUGAUAAAUGCAAGAACCAGUGCAGGCCUAGUGGAAGUGAGGCAUUACCUGCAGGCAUAGUCUCCAUCACUUCCAAUUUGGAAUUGCGACCUUUGUGGAAUCCUCCCAUGCCUAAGAAGGGUCGUCACACAAUAGAACUUAAGGUAAAUGCAUCAACCAAUUUGUUUGCAAUGGUAGUUGGGAUAAAACAGAAAGAUCUUGUGAACAAGAUGGUUAAAAAGUUUAUAGACAGUAAUUUCGUCGUGAUGCUCUUCCACUAUGAUGGUAUUGUUGACGAAUGGAAGGAUCUCGAGUGGAGUAGUCGUGUCAUUCAUGUGUCGGCAAUUGAUCAAAGCAAAUGGUGGUUUGCCAAACGAUUCUUACACCCCGACAUAGUUGCAGAAUAUGAUUAUAUUUUCCUUUGGGAUGAGGACCUAGGAGUUGAGCAUUUUCAUCCAGAUAAGUAUGUUUCUAUCAUCAAACGUGAAGGACUGGAGAUAUCACAACCAGCACUGGACCCUAAAAAAUCAGAAGUGCAUCAUCAGAUUACUGCACGUGGGAGGAGGUCAUCGGUGCACAGAAGGACAUAUAGAGCUAGUAAUGAUGGUAAAGGGUGUGAUAAAAGCAGCACUGCCCCACCUUGUACAGGGUGGAUAGAAAUGAUGGCUCCUGUUUUCUCAAGAGCUGCAUGGCGUUGUGUUUGGUAUAUGAUUCAGAAUGACUUGAUCCAUGCAUGGGGUCUAGACAUGCAGCUUGGCUACUGUGCUCAGGGUGAUCGAACAAAAAAAGUCGGUGUUGUGGAUGCUGAAUACAUUGUCCACUACAAUCGUCCCACCCUUGGAGGCAUAGAUAAGACUAUGGUUUCAUCUCAGGAAAAGGAUCAUAGAGUUGAUGUGAGGAGACUUUCUUACCAAGAAUUAGAUAUCUUUAGAAAACGUUGGGAAAAGGCAGUUGAGGAGGAUAAAUGUUGGGUAGAUCCAUUUCAAUAGCCAGUGCAGGAAUUGGAGUGGUAAACGAAGUUCUAUGUAAAUUUUGUAUAAAAAAUAACAUGUCAUUUAUGUAAAGAGAAGAAGUGCUUGAUCAUGGUCAUGACAGAGAAAGCUUAGAGGAUCUCAAGGACAACAUGACUCCUGGAAUAAAGUUGUCUUAAAUAAGCUGGGUGCAUUUAGUGGAAUUUUUUCCAUCUUUAUUGGAUCAGCUUUGAAGGUAAAUAAAAGGGGUUAGAGGGUAGUUAGAAACCUCUGUAAAUCAGCUAGACUCUUCGCGUUGUUUUUCUUGAGUAAACAUCACACUGUCAACUUUUUUUUUGAAUUUUGAAUUGAGAAAAUUAAUUGAUGUCAAGUGCAUUUGAAGAUAGUUUAAAUUAUUGAUUUUAUCAA